AUGAGUCUAAGAUUUAUUUAUGAAGAUGGACAAGGACAUGCUGUUGAUGAGCAUGGAUUUGAGCCAAUGGAUCUGGUCGUUGAUGAAGAUUCCAAUCACGUAAUGCAUCCAGUUUUGGAUGAAACGAACAAUGUUGAUGUGGAGUUAUAUCAGAGAUGGAUCAAAGGCUAUUAUGAAGAUCCCGAAAGCAUUUUUGAAGAAAAAAGAAAAAGAAAAAGUCAGGGCGACGUCGUAUUCUUGGAGAUGAGCAUAAUGAUUUUUCUUUUGCGUUACAUUGAUGAGAAUCCUUCUGCUGUUUUAACUGAAGUAGUUGAAUGCACAGCCCCAACCUGUGUAAAGAAACAUCAAAGAAAAGAUUCAGCAAAGUCAGUCUUUCACAUCAAUUUGAAACGAGGUAUGGCUUGGUCAAAAAAGGGAACUCCUGCAAUAGUUACAGUGCCUACAAUGAAAGCUAACACAACAUCGAUUUUAAGUGCAAUAUCAGUUACUGGCUUGAUUAAUGCUACUCUUGAUGAAAUGGACAAGUACCCAGAAAUGAAUGGAAAUUAUCUUGUCAUGGAUAGUGCUCCUAUCCAUAACUCAGCUGAUAUAGGAAAGUAUACCCAGUCACGAGGAUAUCAAUAUGUGUAUCUUCCUCCGUAUUCUCCUGAAUUGAACCCAAUUGAGUAG